ACUCCCUGGGAGUUGCCGAGUGGUUUCACUUCUAUCUGCACCCAGAGUGGAGAGGCUUGGGCAGCCAGACGGGGCUGUUGCCCCUGACCCCACGGACUGGAGCACCAAGAGGAGAGCAAGGCUUUGGGAAGGGUACGGUACAGAAAGCAAUGCCGGGUACCUCCCUCGAGGAGAUUCGUCCCACCUAUAUCUACAAGGUGGUUCUGCUGGGAAGCACAUCAGUGGGAAAGUCAAGCCUGGCCUACCGAUAUGUGAAAAAUGACUUCAAGGAGUCGCUGCCAACCGUGGGAUGCUCCUUCUUCACACAGACGCUCAACCUGGAGGUAGCCACUGUCAAGCUUGAGAUUUGGGACACAGCAGGCCAGGAGAAGUACCACAGUGUCUGCCACCUCUACUAUCGGGGUGCCCACGCUGCCCUCCUCGUUUACGACAUCACUAACAAGGAAACACUCAACAGAGCAAAGUUGUGGCUGAGGGACCUGGAGAAGGAAUUCCUUCCCGAUGAAAUCGUCAUUGCUUUGGUGGGCAACAAGAUGGACCUUGCCGCUGAGCGAGAAGUCAACACCGAGGACGGGGAAGAGUUUGCAAGGACCAAAGACCUCCUGUUCAUGGAGACAUCUGCAAAAUCCAACCACCAAGUAAAUGAUAUCUUUAUGGCCAUAGCCCAAAAGCUCCUGCAGUGGGAACAAGAGAAGGCAUCCACCCCAUCCCAGCAUGGGAAGUCAACAGUCAGCCUGGGGGAGAGUGGGGUGAGGACGGCGUGCUGCCGGCUCUGAGGACAGGCAGCUCUGGUCCUCAGCAGCGGCUGGAUGAGGUCUCCAAGGGGAAAAAAUUACAAAGCAGGGGGGACAGAGAAGCGCAGGGCACAAAAGCUCAGCCUGACCACCCUAUCCCUCGGAGCAAGGUCAGAGCCCAUCCGGGGGUCACAGGAUCUCUUCAACCCUCUAGCACUGGCUUCAUCCAGGAUGUAAAGCACAGGUUUCUUUCACCAACCUUCCGCUUCCAGAGAGGAGCACGAACACCAGCACCGCUGCCACCAGUCCUGACUGGUGACAUCCCCCCGCCCCAGCUGCACAUCAGCUCCUUUGUGUCCCUCCCCAUCUGAAAAAGGAGAGCUUGACUUUCUGGAGUGGAAGAGGUGCAUCCAGAGGCUUCACACCCAGGCUGCAAAUAAAGAGAAUACUGCCCUAAAA